AUGUACCUUUCAGCAAGAACACAAGGAAGAUUGGCAAACUUAAUCAUCACAAUCGCAGAAGGUGAAAAGAAAACAGAGAUGGUGCGUUAAGUGUUAGCAGAACAAAAAAUGUUCGAACCAUAUACUGCCUUCAGAAGAUUGGAUCAACUUAGAACAGGAGAAUUAACUGUUUCUGACAUAGUAGAGUUCUUGGCAGAUAAUAAAAUUUAUCCAACCAAGGCCCAAUCUGAUUAUCUCUUUAGGAGACUCGAUCUCAAUAGGGAUGGAAGAAUCACUUAUCCUGACUUCGUUAAAGCCAUACUGCCAAAAGAAGACUCGAGAUUGAGACAAAUUGCAUCACUUAGAGACAGUUAUUACAUUGAAGUCAAUAUGUUGUUACCAACAGAAGUAGAGUGGGGGCUUUCUAGAGUAUUCUAAUAGGAAAUUUAAAACUAUAAUUCAAUAACAGCUGCCUAAGAAAUAUUAACAACUAGCGCUGACUUCACAUCUCUAGACGCAUUUAGAUGCAUUGAUUAAGUAUAUUUGGGAUAUAUUACCAUUGAUACUCUCUAAGAUUUUCUAAGACAAAAUGGAGCUAAAUUGUCAUUUGAUGAAUUGACAGCCUUUUUCAGAGUAGUUGAUUCAGAUGAGGAUGGAAGAAUAUCAUACUCGGAAUUAUUAGAGGCUUUAACCUUUGUUCCAGAUUUCUUCCAAUAAGAGAGAUAAAUAGCUAAUGAAUUGAGAAGAAGUAGAGAGAGAAUCAUUUAAAUCGAAAGAGAAAGAGAAGUCUUAGAAGAUUUAAAGAAAAGUAGAGAGAGAGUAGAAGACCUCAGAAGAAGCAGAGAAAGAUUGGAGUAUAUGUAGGAUUUGAAGAGAAGUAGAGAAAGAAUUGAGUAACUAGACGACUUAAGAAGAAGUAGAGAAAGAUUAGAUGAUCUUAGAAGAAGCAGAGAAAGAUUAGAGGACUUAAAGAAGAGUCGAGAAAGAUUAAGUUAAUUAGAGGAAUUAAAAAGAAGUAGAUAGAGAAUGGAAGAAUUAGAAGAAUUAAAGAAAAGCAGAGAAAGAUAAGCCUAAAUUGAUGAAUUAAAAAAAAGCAGAGAAAGACUUGAGGAUUUGAGGAAGAGUAGAGAAAGAUUGGAACAAUUAGAAUAGGAGAGAAAGAAUUAAGAAAAGAUUGAAGAACUCAGAAAAUCAAGAAGUAGAAUUGAAGAAUUACAAAAACAAAGAAGAAAAGUAGAAGAAUUAAGAACCAGUUAGGAGAGAUUAGAAUAAUUAAAGAAACAAAAGGAAGAAAUUGAGUUAAGAAGAAGUCAAGAGAGAUUAGAAGAUCUAAGAAAAAGCAGAGAAAGACUUGAGUAAAUUGAGGCUCUGAGGUAAAGCAGAGAAUAACAAAGAGCAUUGGAAGAACUGAGAUAAAGCAGAGAAAGAGUAGAGUAGUUGAGAAAGUCUUAAUUGAGAAUUGAGUAAUUAGAAAAUGAAAGAAAGGUACUUGAGAGAAGCAGACAAUUAGAGAGAGUAGAAAGAGAAUUAGAAUAUGAAAGAUAGAGAAGCAAAGAGAGAUUAGAAAGAUUAGAAUUAGAAGCUGAAUUAGAAAGAAGAGCUAGAGAUAGAGCUUUAGAAUAUGAGUUUACAACAUAAAGCAACUUUGUUCAAAGCAGAAUAUAUGAUACUCCAAAGAGAUACAAAUGA